AUAAAUUUUGAUAUAAAUAAGAGAAUGUGCAACAACAAGUAAAUACAAAAUAACAAGAAAUAUAUUAAAAAAUAUUUUUACAAACACUUACAAAUAAAUGUACAUGGUCUUUCAUAUUUACUUACAUACAAAUAUAAAUGUUUACGUAUGUAAGUUAGUUGUGAAUGUGUAGAAGGAGAAAAAUUAAAACAAAAAUAACAACAUGCAUAUAAUUGCAUUGUGUUCUUAUUCCAAGGACAUGUGCUAUUCUUUUUGUUGUUGAAUAAACAUUAUUUGUGUAUGUCAGUGUCAUCACUAGCAUCAUCUUCUUCAAUUACAAGAGAAGUGGCAAUGGAAACAGUAGCAGAAGUUACAGAAACGUGCAGCCAUAUUAUACGCGAAUUAAAACGAAAAUAAACACAAAUAGUUUAUUUAAUACACAAUACAACAAAGAAGCAAAAAAAAUAAUUUGCAAUUAAACACAUUAAGGAUAUUGUUUGUAUCCUAGCUAUACAAAAAAUGUUUUUAUUCUUUGCCACUCUGCUUGUAAUUUUAAUACAAAUGUCCGAACUUGUAGCAGCUCGAUUUUGCGAAGGUGGUCAUAUAUGUUCCUUACCCAGGGAGUGUUGCACACAAGGAUGUUGCCCACCUUAUCAAAGUGGACCACGUCAGUUGCCACCUCCAUCUGAACAUGUGCUAAAUCUUUUUUUUAUAAGUCAUUGGUUUUUUUGGUGUGUUGUGGUAGCAAUAAUUUUAGCAAUCCUAUGUGCCUAUUCGUUAUGGAAAAAGAGACGCACGCUUUGUGGCUGGGGUUUCAACGAACAUCAUGUGCAAUCUGAAGGCGAUUCGGCUGGUUCGUGUUAUGCUCCACCACAAUACAGUCGUUGCAAUUCCUUCCAUCAUCCACCGCCUCCUUAUACGGAAGUUACAUCGAAACCGGACUUAUAUCCAUUGGUGUUCACAUGCAAUAGUGAUAAUGGUAAAAACGGUUCCAGUUACCUAAUGGUGCAAUAUUUUCGUAAUUAUAUAGUGCGUCCAGCUGGCUCUUUGUCAGCGGCUAGUACGGUAGAUUCACUUAGUUCUAGUUUUAUAUGCAACAUCAACGAAGCAAAUACUCUGGUACCACCGCCGUAUUCAAGGGCAGCUAGCCCUGAAAUAGGUUUCAGUCCACACUUUCAGCAGCAGUACAUGAUGCCCCGUUCGGCAUCGCAGCUGGUGUGCCCAAAUGUGGCGAAUGGUGGCGUCUUGAUGGCUAGUGGCACAAGUGGGAACGGUAACAGCCAGUUUGAAAUGAUUAGCGGUAGCUCAAAUACCAAUCCGCAAUACAAUUACAAUAAUGGACGAAAUAAUAGUCAUUAUGGUCCAGUCAGUAGUCAAAUUAAUUCCACAGCUAUUGGUCGACUCAAUGGUGUGGGAAGUUCAGGCAAUGAAAGAAUGUCCCAUUAUAAUGGUAAUCUUAGGGAAUUUGAAAACGACGUGACCUACGAUAAUGGAGGCAGCGGGGUUAAUAUUGUAGGUGACACGGAAGAGCGCACAACCGGCGAUCGUGACGAUGCAAAUGUGAUAAACAAUAGUAAUAGUAGUACUGAUUUACGUACGCUACCCAAUAGCAGUGGUUUCGUACAGUCCCAAAGUGAUCAGCAGUUCUGUUAUAUAACGAACAGCAACAGCAGUAUUAGUGAUAUUUUUGCAAACAAUAGUUGUGCAGCGGGAAUUGGAGGAAAUACAAGCAAUAGACUGCAACCACGCUCGGAGGAUUCUUCUCUAGCCGGUUCAAUUUCUGGUGCAGGUGCCGUCGUUCAUCCCCAACUAGGUGGCACGCCAGUAAUCUACAGCAAUGGCUGCAUUAAACCGAAUCCUCUUCAUCGUGUUAGCACUAAUCCUACGCAUUUUCACGUAGAUUCUUCGACUAGGGAGCCAGUUUUCUACCAGUCGAACAAUUCUUUAGGAGGUAUAUCCGUAACAGUUCCUAACGGUAUCGAAUUUGAUUCAACUAUGGUUCGCAAUGACAACGAAAUUCGGGAUUUGCAAUUCUUACGACGUAGCUUAGAAACUUGCUGUCAGCUACUGCAGCAACAGCAAAAGUUACCCUCGGGUAGCUUUGCUGUAGGAGAUUCACCAUUACGUAUGAAUGAUCUGACCAAAAAAUACAUUGAUGAUGGGCUCUUGCGUAGUUAUGUAACUUCGGGUACCUGUUCAGGAGUAAGCAGUCUGGCGAAUGUGGGAACACCAAGUUCACCACCACAGGCUACAAGUCCUACGGGAGAGGUUAAGGAAAUACUUGACCAAAUUCGACAGCUGCAAGAAGGUGUCAGCAAAUAUGAAGAAGAUUUAGUGUUUCGAACAUCGUCGACUAGACCUACGCUCCAUCAUACAAUGUCUUCACCAUCGCCUGCAGUUAAUAAAAGCACUUCGCCCGCCUUGGAAUCCGGAGGAAAACUUCAACGUAUUGCCACCAUGCCUGAACAACAAACGUUAGUUGAAGCUUCAAAAAAUAACCGCACAGCAAAUUCCACUAUUAACAAUUCUCUCGCAAACUCGGUACAAUCGAUUCCAUCGGCAACAUCGUCAGUAAUUGUCGCUGCCAAAAUGACAAAUAGCAAAUCCUCUAUUAAUAGCAAUAGCGCUGGAAAUAGCACGGGCUUCACUUUUGCAUCUUCCACGAAACGACCCUCGACUUUACAACACAGCAAAAAACGCUUUUACACAUCCAAGCCGCCCAACAAAGCUCUGUACAUUCCUAUGACGGCCACGAGUCAUUUGUCGUCAGGAAGUCGUUGCACUAUUCUCAAGAGUCCUGUUAGCAGUGUUGUGAAUUCGAAUUUCUUUAUUAAUCGUGGUAACCGCCCAAGAAAAGGGUGGAUCUCAAGAUCAGCGCCCACAACUCCAGCUACUCCAUUACCUCCUAGCUAUUUGGGCGAUGACAGUCCGCUACUGAAUGAACAUGAUGAAGAUCCAGAGGGUGAACAAAAUGCCGAAAUGGAUAAUUAGGCAACUACAUAAAUAUUUGUAUAGUUUGCACACCUUUUCCAUAUACAAUUACGCACAAAAUUAUAAUGGCCAUCUAUGUGCAAAUACAUACAAUCUUAGAUUCCAAUAUUGUGCUUAUAAACAUACAAUAAGCUUGAAACAAAAAUUUUUAAAAUAUAUUAAGUUAAUACAGUUGAGAUUUUUCUUUAAUUUUUUUGGAUCAUAAUACUUCCCAUAUUCAGCACAUGGUCUAAUAAUAGAAAAAUUUUUGGGACUGUGAAAUAAAAAAUAAUGGUCUUGCUUAGUUGUUGCUUAUUUUUUUUAAUAAAUUGUAUAAAUUAUUUAGCGGAAAUUAUUUAAUUCCAAUACGUGUUAUUAAACAAUUCUUAAAUAACAUAAUAAUAUUUGAUCCCAUUUAUUCUGUAAAUCAUUUUGUUGUACUAAAAUGAAAAUAUUUUACAAAAAUCGCGUUAGUGCGUAUUUCCUUUCAUUCAUAUAAUAUAAAAAUUAUUACUGAUUCCUAUGAAGUCUACUUUUGUCACAAUCCUUCAAACACCAUUAACUGCCUAUAUCAUACAACCAUUUAAUUUGAUUGGUCUAUUCUUAUAUAUAGACUUUUCAAGAAAAUUACCAUAUACAAAAGCUUAAAAUUUUUGGAAAACAAUUCUCUGAAUUUUAAUUCAAAAGCUUAAUUUCUUCCUAAUUUAAAAAUAUAUGCAUACAUA